CUACGGAAAGAGUUUGACGAGAGCCUAGAAGUAUUGAUGUAUCGUGAAUGACCUGGAAGAUUCGUAGAACACGGAAGACUUCUUAUUCGGAAUGAUUUUUACAAAAAUUGAUCAAAGAAGGAAAGAUGACUACAAAAGAGAUGAAAAAUCUUAAAGAAAGAAAGUUGAUCAUCAUCGUCAUCGUCACAGGAUUCAUUUUUUUCUCUAUUGACAUUUUUAUCAGUGGUAAAAUAUAUCACAAACUGUUCCAGCCAUGCAGAGGUUAACAGGAUUGACAAUUUUCUCAAAGACAUUACAGUAUUAAGAAGCAAAAGAAAUAUGGACAAUGAUAUUAAUGUAGAUAACAAAUUGGAUAGGUUUAGAUAUACCAAUGUCAAUACAGCUGAUGAUUUGAUUGGGUAUAUAGCUGUAGGACAGGGGUAUGAGCAUUGUAUGGAAUUAUAUUUCAUUCAUAGUAAUGAGGUGGAAAUAGAAGUUAAAAUAGAGUCGAAAACCAAUUUUGUUAAAAUGCAAGGAUUUUAUAGGUCUAAUAACAUAACCAAGACUUUUGAAUGUAAUAUACUGAUUAGAGCUUUUUGGUCAUUAUUUAUAAAAGGUAAUGAUUCAACAAUCUGGUCAGGAGAUGUUAAUAAUGAUAUGUCAAGGUCUGGAAAAAUAUUUUAUCCAGUAGACCAGUAUUAUUACCUUUUUCAAUGUUUUGUAAAAAUAUUAGACCCAGAACAUCUAAAUAUAAUUGGAGAUGAAAAAGGAGACAUUGUAAGAAAAUGGGAUUUUAGAGUAAUAAGAAAAUCUACUCAGUUACGAGUCAAAAUUAGCAUUACUGUGGUAGAUAUUAUUGUUCCAGAGAUAAAAGUGUCACCACAGUCUUUAAAAGUCAUUGAAGAUGAAGAUGGAUUGAAUUUGAUGUGUAGUACUCAGAUAUAUUUACCUCAAAAUUCAUUGUUAACUUGGAAAAGGAAUGGUGAGUUUUUGGGUAGUUUUUUCCACAGUACAACUAAUAUAAUUCACAAAGGAAUCUUUGGUAAUGUGAAUUGGAUCAAUGAUAAAUUUAUUUAUCAUCAAUCAGGUGUAUCUUUAAAUGAUACUGGUAUAUAUGAGUGCUGCAUAUUAAUAGAAGGCUAUCCCUUGAAAUGUGCUAAUGCAAGUAUAAUUGUCAUGUCCCCAGGGAAAACUCCAUGUGUUGGUAAAAACAGUGUUUUUGCUAAUCCCUUCCAGAUUAACCAUUUACAAUCCAGAGCUCUAUUGAGAGAAGGAACAUUCGUCAUUAUAUUGUGGAACUUUAAUAUUUCAGAAUGGAAAAUUUCUACAAGGUUUCCACAAUGUCAAAGACAUUUGGUUAAUAUGGAAUUGGGUAUUGAAAGAUGGUUUGGAAUCAAUAGUCAUAACAGAAAUAGACGUGGUAUUGUCGAAGGAGCCCUAGGGGGCAUAGGUGUAAUUGGCAGCAUUGCAAAUAGUAUGGAUAUUAACACGUUAAAAUCUGAUCUUGAGUCAGCAGGUUUAGUGGGAAGUAAAGGUUUUAAGAUCCAAAGAAACUUAAAUCAGAUAUUAGAAGAUAUGGUUAUUAAAACAGCCAAUGUAAUGGGUCCAUCCAUACUACAUCUUCAGAAUAUUACUCUCAAUUUAAUGACUAGUGAAGAACAUUCACAUAUUGCCAGACUAUGUUUAGAAAUUCAAACAGAAUAUUCCACUAAUUUUAAAAUAAUUGCACAAGCUUUUCAGAGUGGAGUUACCCCUCUUGGUAUAUUGCAGAAUUUACCCAGAGAAUAUGCAUAUGCAAGAAAUCAUACUGAUUUAUGGGUAAAUAAAUGGUUAGGAUGUAGUCAGGAUGUAUGUUACAGUUCUUCUAUGAUUCCUAUAGCAGGGAGAGAACAAAUUUUGGUUCCAAUUACUGUUUUGGGAUUACCAAUUAGUGAUACUCAAUUAUUAUUUUAUAAAUUGCAGUAUACAGAUUUUGCGCUUAACAAGGAUAAUUUGGAAUUAGAACAAUUAGAUUUGUCAUCAUGUUUACAAUUUCAGUCUAAAGUUAUUUGUUUACCUAAUCAAGAUAAAAGGAUAUUUCAUUCUUGUUAUCAUAAUCAUACAUUAUGUUCUGCAAGAAUAGAAACAUUUGAAGCUUCUUCUGAAUUAACUACUCUUGUAGAUAAAAGGAAGGUUUGUUUUCAUCAAUUUAAAAAUAGUAUAUCUAUUUGGGGAAAAACUUCAAUUACUUCCGCAGCAGGAAAUAUUUUAUCACAUCCUAUAGUUAUUAUUUUUAUUAUUAUUAUGUUAUGCAUUAUAUAUCAAUUAUUUUUAAUGUUUAGAAUGAAAAAACUGUAUAAGCAAAUCAGAAAUGAAAUCAAGAAAGGUGACGAUAUGUUGCAAAAUAAGCUUAAAAGGAGAUUAGGUUUUGGAGUUGCAAAUUCGAUGACAGGUGACAAUGCAUUUGGAGUUAUUAGAUCAAAGUCAGAGUGUUUGUGACAUAAAUGGGUGUAUAAAUGAUUAGGAAAUAUGGUCAUUAUUCAUAUUUCAGAGGGGAAUGUUAUAUUCUAAAAUCCCUUCCGGAAGGAUUUUAUAAAGAAUAUAUAUAUUCUUGUUAAUAUGAAUGAAUGUGAGACUGUUUGAGCUAUUAAUUUUCUUGUGUAAUUCGCUGAAUUCGAGAUUUGAAACUCCAAAAACGUAUAAGUUUGAAUAUGAAAUAUAUAUAUAUGUUCAUUUGAAAUGUUUAAUGUUUUAAGUAAAGAAUUGUAUUUGAUUGGAA